AUGCUGUGGCCUGGCGUAUCGCUGAGGAUUGCAGUGCUAUUCUUGGCAGCAACAAUACCUCCGGGAAUCAAGGCUGAAGGAAAUGUCGGUUGUUUGUUUGGUGAGAAGCUAUGUUUGGACCAGGAAUGGUGCUAUGAUGACAUGGCAUUCGGAAGGUGUCUGAGACCCAUGGGCGAUGUAGACGAGGAUGAUUUAUACAGGUUCGAUUUGGAGCGGCAGAGUUUGCAUGAGCUUAGCGCCGAGCUUCGUCGAUUGUUCGCACUCGGUUACAGAUGGAGCCACGGUUACACCCAAUGCCGUCUUCAGACGAUGCUGUAUGCUGUAAAAAAUGACAUCACAUUCGAGCCCGAUUCCUGCUUCCAUCUCUCCGACAACGAUCUCGAAGGCGCGCUGAGGGCCAUCGAGGGCCAGGUGGACCUCGAUCCACAGGAGGUCGCCAUCAUCAAGUACACGCCCAGCGUGGACGAUCCUCACGCCUCGUACGCCGAUGAGGUGUACUUCCCGCCGCUCAGGAACAGGCCUCAGGAGGAGGUCAGGGAGAGGAUCCUGCCCUCGAACGCUAUCGACCUGGAUAUACAAGACCCUUACGCCGACUAUGCAGUCCUCAAAAGAUCCUGGAUUCCACAAAUGCGCCGAAGAUCCCUACCAAAUACCUUCCCAGAUCCACCAUCGAUCGACUUCAGACGCCGAGAUGCCAGAGACGAUCUUGAAUUCCUGCAGAACGACUUUCCCAGUGGAAACUCCAACAGGAAUCCACCAGUGUCCAACCAAUUCACGUACGACGACAUCACAGAAAUGUACCCGUUGAUCAAAUUCUUGAACGAGCUACGUUUGACUCCAAAAGAACUUCACGAUCUACUCCAGCCUGAAAACGCCGAACAAUUAGAAGGUUUAGUGGAAAGGUUCGACAAUGAUUUGUCUACCUAUACUGACAACCAGGAGGACAUGAGGAACCAGCUGGAUCUAGAGAAGGAAACAAGGCGACUGGUAGACGACACGUUCAAUUUGAACUACAACACCCCGGAUAGUUUCAGAGAAGGAUGGGAAUCAAAAGACACUAUGAGAGACGCUUAUUAUUUACCUGAAUCGAGAAUGUAUUACGAGGAAAACGAUGAGGAAAACUCAGAGCACGGUAGUGGACAUCCCGAGGUAGCAGAUACGAAUUUCAGAGAAAGGAAAACUGAAGAUGUGGGGGAAGACCCAUCGGAAAAACAGCUACUUCUUGGUAGGAAAUUUAACGAUAGGGAGCUAGAGGAUGAUAGGAAAGUUAGACCCGGGGUGUAUUCUGAGGGAGGGGUUGUAUGGACUGCACCCAUAGAAGACAAUAGACAAGAGGUAGAAAGUGAAAUGAUGUUCAGAAAUAGUUUAGAUACCUUACUGAAGAAAUACAAUCUAGGAUUCAAAAGACCAGAAAGGCUAGACGUGAAGAAACCAGGUCCUCCGUUUGACUCACAAAUUACUGAAACCCCGCAGGAAGCGGAAGAUUACAAGCAUAGAUCUGCGAAAAGCGCCGCUAUUCCAUCCAUGAUGAAGAAAGGUCCUCCAGGUGCCCAUCCUUAUCCAGAAUACGAAUUGAGGGGUGAAAAUAACUUGAACUACGUGUACGUGGGUUACGAAAACGGCCUGGAAGCAUGGAAACAAGGAGACAGGAUCGUGGGAAACAUCUCGAGUUUGUUGCAUCUGGAGCCUAGCGCUUUCGUAGAUGGAAGAACCAAUCCAUAUUCGCUUUAUUUCAAAGUGAGGCCAAACAGCCGUGGUCUGAAUGCCAGCGAGGUUGCGAAGAAAAUAGAGUUGCUCAAAGAUAGAAUCAAAGAAAUAACAGGAGUCAAGAUUACAUCAGUGGGAGUUGGAGACAGAGAAAACGAGCAACAAGUGCUGUUCAAGCACCUGACAGACGACAGCCAGUACUACAUCGCGAUCUACUCGAUCUGCGGCGUCCUGGCAGCCAUCAUGGUAGCUUCCGUCCUGCUCUUCUUUAUCGUGCGCCACAUCAAGUCGCGAGAGAAGCUGCAAGGCAUCGCCAGACCAGACACCGAGGCCAGCAAGGACUACCAGGAUCUGUGCAGGGCCCGGAUGGCAACCAAGACGCAGCCAGCUGCUGGGGAUCACGGCAAGAUCGCCAGCUUAUCGAAGGAGUCCGAACAGAGUCCCUCCAGCAGAUCGAGCACUUCCUCGUGGAGCGAGGAGCCUGCUUUGCAUAACAUGGAUAUAUCGACAGGUCACAUGGUCCUCACCUACAUGGAAGACCACCUGAAGAACAAAGACCGCCUGGAACAAGAAUGGGUGGCUCUGUGCGCCUACGUAGCCGAACCCUGCGAUACCACCAUCGCUCACAGGAAGGAGAACAAGGACAAGAACCGGUACCAUGACGUGGUACCCUACGACCACUCCAGAGUCCUUCUCAACUCCCUCACCAACGCCAAUGGUUCCGAUUACGUCAACGCUUCGAGUAUUACGGAUCACGACCCGAGGAAUCCUGCUUACAUCGCCACCCAUGGGUCUUUGCCCCAUACGGUGGCAGAUUUUUGGCAGCUGAUCUGGGAGCAGGGGGCUGUGGUCAUCGUCAUGUUGACAAGACUGACCGAGGGAGGUUCAGCUAUGUGUCACCGUUACUGGCCAGAAGAAGGUUCCGAACUAUAUCACAUCUACGAAGUCCAUCUGGUCAGUGAACACAUUUGGUGCGACGAUUACCUGGUCAGAUCGUUUUACCUCAAGAAUAUGAAGACAGGCGAAACAAGGACCGUUACUCAAUUUCACUUCUUGUCCUGGCCCGAGAGUGGAGUGCCAUCUUCAACUAAAGCUCUUUUGGAAUUCAGGAGAAAAGUGAACAAAUCCUACCGAGGCCGGUCGUGUCCCAUCGUAGUCCACUGCAGCGACGGCGCCGGUCGCACAGGCACGUACUGCCUCAUCGACAUGGUGCUCAGCAGGAUGGCCAAGGGUGCAAAAGAGAUCGACAUCGCGGCCACCUUGGAGCACCUCAGAGACCAGCGGCCCAAGAUGGUGGCAACCAAGCAGCAGUUCGAGUUCGUUCUGACUGCCGUGGCAGAGGAGGUCCACGCUAUUCUGAAAGCACUGCCUCCGCAAGCCAGUCCGGUUGUCGGCCAGGAGAAGGAGAAGUGA